UAAAAGUCUGAGUGUGUUUAUGUGUGCUUUAAUAUUUAUAAAACAAAAUAAUACAAACGAAAUGGAUUGUUUGAAUGUGGCAAAGAUUUUACCCAAUUCUCCACGGAAAACUAGAGGACAAAUCCAGGUUAUUUUCGGACCAAUGUUUUCAGGAAAAAGCACUGAAUUGAUUCGUCGUGUCCGCCGAUUCCAGGUGGCACAAUAUUCCUGUUUGGUCAUUAAAUACGCCAAAGACACUCGAUACUCUCAGACGGGAAUGGCUACACAUGACAUGAGCACAAUGGAGGCUGUUCCAGCAAACCGGCUGAGUGACAUCAAAUCUCUGGCUCUACAGGCGUGUGUCAUCGGCAUUGAUGAGGGACAGUUUUUCCCUGACACCGUUGAGUUCUGUGAGGAAAUGGCCAACAUAGGAAAAACCAUCAUUGUUGCAGCUCUUGAUGGCACCUUCCAGAGAAAGGCCUUUGGUAACAUCCUGAAUCUGGUGCCUCUUGCGGAGAGUGUGGUCAAACUGAAUGCCGUCUGCAUGCAGUGCUUCAAAGAAGCCGCUUAUACCAAAAGACUCGGGGCAGAGAAAGAGGUGGAGGUGAUCGGCGGCAGUGAUAAAUAUCACGCUGUGUGUCGGGGGUGUUACGGGGGUCUGAUGGACUAUAAAGAGAACCGUGACCUGAGAGAGGAAACGCCCCCUCACAUGAUGUCCGGAAAACCACUGGACCGAAACGCUCCACGCAAACUCUUUGCCUCUCUCCACCUGUGAAAAUACUCGCCACAUCAGAGCAGUAUUCUGACUACAUGCAGCGUUAUUAUG